CGCAGCCAUUGGCCUUUGUGAGGUCCCGCCGCUGCUUGGCACGGGAGCAUUGAGUUGGGAGCUCACUUGGCCUUGCACACUUCUGAAAGCCACUACCCCUACCCUGUGAGGUCCUGAUCCUAACCUGACUUCAUACUGCUCCAGCAAGCACUGGUGAGGUCACAGAUAGAGUCAUUAGUAACAUGGACCUAGAUAUACUGCAAGCCUUCCAGAGGGAAGUCACCUGUGCCAUCUGCCUGCACUACCUUAUAGACCCAGUCACCAUAGGCUGUGGACACAGCUUUUGCAGGCCCUGCCUUUCUCUCUCCUGGGAAGGAGCCCCAAAUCCUGCCCCCUGCCCAGAAUGCAGAGAACCAUCACGGCAGAGAAAGUUCAAAACCAAUAUUGUUCUGAAGAAUCUGGUGUCCAUUGCCAGAAAAGCCAGUCUCUGGCAAUUCCUGAGCUCUGAGGAACAAAUGUGUGGAACCCACAAGGAGAAGAACAAGAUGUUCUGUGAAGUGGACAGGAGCCUGCUGUGUUCGCUCUGCUCUAACUCCCAGGAGCACGGGGCUCACAGACACUGUCCCACUGAAGGGGCAGCUGCGGACCAGCGGGCUAAACUCGAAAAGCAAAUGAGAUCUUUAUGGGACAAGAUCCGGGAAAAUCAGAGAAACCUGAGAGAAGAACAAAUUAUGAUUAACCAUUGGAUUUGGAGAUUUCUUUCCACAAUGAAGUAAGCAAUCAGCACAUCAGGCUGUUUGACGAUUUGAGAGACUUCACAUUUAGAUCUCACAGUCAAGAUCAGUCUUUGAAUCCUGAGAAAUCUAACUAUUUUGCUGCUUGGGGAGACCAGGUCUUCACUGCUGGGAAGUAUUACUGGGAGCUGG